UAUUGCGAGGAGUGUAGCCGCGAUAUUGUUGUUUUCUCGGCGAACAUUGUUGUGGGGCUGCCGUUUCUCUGCCUUGUGUCCGACUCUUGCGAGUUCAGUGUUGCUCUAGAGCGCGGCAGGAACGCAUCGGGACCCAGAUACUCUCCAACACACAGCACAGAAAUAGAACGCCUCUAUUGCGCUUCCCAAACUUCCUCAGCCACCAAGUUCUAGCCUCCAGUGCUGCGAAUGGGAAGCACCGGUGAAAGCCCGUGAAGCAAGUCAGUGUGCGGUUGAGUUAGUGGAGAAAUUCGAGUGGACAGACUUGGGGGAGUGCUUCGGAGUUCCAUGUGAUUAGAUCAAUUAAAAAUCAAGUGCGCACAGAACGAAAAGACGAUCCAGAAAAGGCUGUGAGAGUCGUGGAAAUUGGUGAAUUGCAAAUGUGAAUCCAAUUGGAAUCCAUUGUUAGGUUGAGGAGUGUUGUUCACACAGAACCCAUAGCCAAUUAGUCCGCUUGCGAACGUGCCAAUUAAUCGCUUUGCUAUGAAUUGCUACGACAUCAGCCUGGCGGAUGAGAUGAACGACAAGGGCGAGGGUGGACUGAAGCACCUGCCCAAGUGGCCGCCCGUCAACAUCGACUUCCAGGACCUCACAUAUUCCGUUCCUGAGCUCUCAUGCAAUAAAGUGAUAUUACGUGGAAUAAAUGGCAAGUUCAGAUCUAGUCAACUCACGGCAAUUCUGGGCCCAUCCGGAGCUGGCAAGAGUACUCUUCUCAAUGUCCUGGCGGGAUACAAAUGCUCCGAGGCCACAGGCACCAUCAAUGUGAACAACCGCCCCAGAGACAUGAGAGUAUUUCGGAAAAUGUCACGCUACAUAAUGCAGGAGGACAUCUACCAGCCCAUGCUCACCGUGAGGGAGGCGAUGCUGAUUUCCGCAGACCUGAAGCUUGGCAAGCAAUUGACGAGAGAGGAAAAAUUGGAUGUGAUAGAUGAAAUUCUGGACCUGCUGAGGCUGUCCAAGGCGGCAGACACGAUGGGCCAUAAGCUGUCGGGUGGUGAGCGCAAGAGGCUGUCAAUUGCUCUGGAGCUCGUCAACAAUCCACCAGUGAUCUUCCUGGACGAGCCAACGACGGGCCUGGAUGACCUGUCCAGCUCGCAGUGCGUCUCCCUGUUGCAGAGAAUAGCGCAUGGCGGACGGACGAUUAUCUGUUCAAUUCACACUCCCUCGGCGAAGAUGUUUGCCAUGUUCGAUCAUGUGUACAUAAUGGCUAAUGGUCAGUGUGUGUAUCAAGGAUUGGGGUCCAACAUUGUCAAGUACAUGCAGAACAUCGGGCUCAUCUGUCCAGUGACGUACAAUCCGGCCGACUUCAUUGUUGAGGUGUCGAGCGGCGAGUACGGUGGCGAGUACCUGGAGAAGAUGGUCUCGAGCGUGAGCAAUGGCAGGUACACCUGGACGCCGUCAAUUGAGUCAGCGAAGAGUGGUGAGAAUUCAUCGGGCAGCCAAGAGCUCGCACAAAUGGAAGCGUUUGACGUGGAAAUUGACCCCAAAGACCUCAAACGUGCCUCGUCGUGGCAUCAAUUCUGCAUCCUGCUCAAGAGAAUGACAAUCCAAAUGUGGCGGGAUAAGAGCUAUCUCAUGCUCCGUGUUUACCUGCACAUCUUCCUGGGCUUUGUCAUUGGCGGCCUCUUCUACAAUAUGGGCAAUGACGCCUCAAAGACUCUCUACAACUUUGGCUUCUGCUUCACAAUCAUCAUCGCCUUCAUGUACAUUCCCAUGAUGCCAAUCCUGCUCGAAUUUCCCCUCCAAGUGCAGCUCCUGAAGCGCGAGUACUUCAAUAGGUGGUAUCGCCUCAACGUGUACUAUCUGGCGAUGGUGGUGGCAAAACUGCCCAUUCAAAUUACCCUCGCCAUUGUGUACAUUACGAUGGUGUACCUGUUUACGGACCAGCCCAUCUCCGUCGCCAGGAUGCUCAUGUUCUACACCAUCAGCAUUCUCGUAUCGCUCACGUCCGAGAGCUGGGGUCUCUUGGUGGCGUCGCGCCUCAGAGUUGUGAACGCCAUGUUCGUCGGACCCGUCAUCACAGUGCCCACAAUGCUGCUCGCCGUGUACGGAAUAGGGUUCGGCAAGGGUGUCGUGAUUCCCGGCUACGUGAAGGCUCUGAUGUCCCUGAGCUAUCUCCGGUACGGCCUGGAGGGCAUCGUGGCCGCCAUCUACGGCUACAGCCGCGAGGACAUGAUCUGUCCCGACGAGGAGGUCUUCUGUGCCUAUCGCAAGGCCAAGUUCCUCCUCAUGACGAUGGGCUUCGAGGACAUCAGCUACCCCAUAUCCGUGGGCGCUCUCUGCAUUUUCUACCUCGUCUUCAACGCUCUGGCCUUCUUCCUCAUCCGCCAGCGGCUCUCCCUGCGGAGGACCAACUUCCCGGCUGUCCAGUAUAUUGGGCAGUUCGUGAAGCAGCACUUUAACCUCUCCAGCAGCUGAAGAGCAGUUGGACUGGCGACAGAGUGUGCAAUGUGAUAGAGGAAGAGCCAAAAUGACGUGACAGAGUAAAAAAAGCAAUAGAUUUAUCCAAUAUAAGAAACGUACAAUGUUAUUCUGUAAGAAAUGGUUGGCCGUAUAAUAACGACGGUGUUUUUAUACUUUAAGAAUCUCAAUGAUGAAUUUUUCAAUAAAUUAUUAUAUAAAGUUCGUAAUUUUGAUAUUUUAUGAAUUCUAGA